AAAACAUGAGAUGAGAAUGAUUAAACUACUAUUGUAGAGACUUUGGACCUAUACUUCAACCCCAUGUGCUCACACCCAACCCGUCAGAGUGGUAGAUGGGUAAGUUAUGCUAUGAUUUCACAAUUUCAUUUGUUGAGGGAGGUGGUCCGAUGUGGUGCGUAUAACAAGUCAACACACUGAAUGAAACUCUUACACUAAUUGUAGAUACCUAUAGCUAUACUUUAGGCGCCAUUGUGAAGCAUGAGACCACCAAGAGGGCAUGGUGGCAGAGGGUUCGGGGGGGAGAGACGGCGUUUUGGCAGAGGACGAGACGGUGGCCGUUUUGGCAGAGGACGAGGCCAUCAGCCUUGGAUUCGACGGUCGCAGUUCUUUUCGAGAUGAAGAUUGAAGGCCCGCCUUCAGAUGUCAUACAAGUUUUUGCAUUUAUGCACGCUUGCGAAGGAGAUGCAGUGACGAAGCUCACCAAUGAGAAGAUUAUGUAUUUCAACGCUCCUAUUUACAUGCAAAAUAAAACACAUAUUGGCAAAAUGGAUGAGAUUUUCAGCCCAAUCAGUGAGUCGUUGAUCUCCAUCAAAAUGAUGGAAAGAAUUAUUGCAUCAUCAUAUUCUUCAGGUGAUAAGUUCCACAUAGACCCGGUUAAGCUAUUGCCCCUAGCCAGAUCCUUCCAUUGCCCAAAGGACAUCCACACGCCGCCCAUGCAUAUGGUGGAGACGGUGGUGGAAGAGGGAGAGGAAGAGGAUGUGGUGGAGGCAGUGGCUUCCGUGGUAAAGGUGCCCAUGUGGAUGUGGACCACCAAGGGGUCGUGGUGGUUUUAGAGGCCGAGGUUGAAGAGCAUAGAAUUGGUGUUUGUAUCUUUUACUUCAAUAUCCAAAAAAAAAAACUUAUACAUAUACUUCAAUCCAGUUGCCUAUAGGGGUGGACUGGUCACCACUCCUCGACCAGGACCGACUUGGUGGGCAGCGGGCUUGGGACCUUCGAAAGUAGGGUCGAACAUCUGGCAGGUAGGGUCGGGUUUGCUAUGUUUUUUGGGUUUACCAAAUUUAUCUGUGUUGACUAUUAACCAACCUGCAGUAUGCAAUCUAAG